UCACAGGAAAUUAAUUUGUUUUACAUUAUAUAACAGUUUCCGUUUAUUGUGACAAAUCAUGAUCUAAGAUAGGUUUAGAAUUAAACUAAGAAAAAGGGAUAAUUUUAUGUUGAAAAUUAAAUCAUAUUAAACGAAACAUUUCAUUAUAUGUUAUUGUUCUGCAUAGCAUUAGGAAAUUAAGUUGAAAUGAAAAGAAGAAGACGUAAUCUCAUUGAGUUUAUGUUGUUACAAUGUUUGCUCUAUCUGCUUAUGCAACAGCAUCACGUGACUAACGCUCGAUGCACUUGGGGAUCGUGGUUGCCAUGGAAUUGCUCAUGUUGUGGAGGUUCAGUGGAUAAAGAGGUUUUCAGAGUUAGAGCUAAGUGUUGUGAUAAUACAUAUGAAUGUGUAAACGUUAGAGUUGCGGCUCUAAACGUCACAGAUGAAAAUAAGUUUGAAGAAAAGGGCAGUUGUUUAAAUGAUUGUGGAAAGCUAUUUUCUGACCACAAUCCUCACACUUGUGUUUCAUCAAAGAUGAGUCUAGAUGACGUGAAAGGACCAGGCAAGGUUCAAUCAUGUAAUGACGUGUGUAUAGGAGUUUGGACAACAACAACGCCCUUGACGACACCAACAUCGCCUUCAACUUCUUUUAGUACUAACAGAAAGGCAACAGCGACUCGUUCACCACCUUCACGAGCCAGCGGCAACACUUUGACGACUGCCAAAUCAACUCCUGAAGGAUCAAGCACAGUAUCGUAUAAAUCAUCAUCUAAUGUGGAAAAUGUCGAAGAUCCAAACGACACAAAUUGUGAGUAG